CGUUUCCCCAGGUCGACAUUGUCCUCGACCAUCGUAGCUUGCGCGUCCUCACACUUCAUCAUGGACAUCUCGGGCUCUCCAGCAGCAGCGAGCGAUGGGUCAUAUGAGCGCAUAGACGCACCGAGCGCUCUGCACACGUGGUUCGCGGUGCCAGAUGGAUUCGAGCGCUUUCCUCCGACCCUCAUUGCCCAGAUCCGGGCACGCCAAGCCAUCGACUUCCCAGAUGGGCUCAUCAUUGAUCGUUUGCUGGCACUGCUCAUUCCAGGCCCUCAGUCCUUGAAGUAUCCACCCGAUGUGGAUGAUUUGGUGAAUGCUACCUCAGAAGCCCUGGAGGAGGCAGAACCAAGCGCGAAGGCCAGGGUAAAUGCGAUUGUGUACUACUUCUUACUGGAUCACGCGGCAGCCUUGAGAGCUCCAGAUUGCGGUAUCGACAUCAACACGUCCGCUGAAGCUCAAGACCUGUCUACCAGACACAAGCAAUUCUCGCAGACCGUUGGGUUACCCAAGCAGUAUCAAAAUGCCAUCAAAGGCUACUUCUUGAUGGAGAGAGGCCAUUAUAGAGAAGCUCUGCCCCUUCUCUCAGGCGCGGAUUUCCAACCGCUCUUGCAGCGUGCCUUGUCACCUCUAGGCGCAAGCGCGAUUGGACCCUCAAUGGCUGAACGAAGCUCACUCCUGCUAAGCUUGUACCGACUGUCGGCCACGAGUCCUACCGCUCCAUCUCCCGCAGCCUCUGAAGCUCACUAUAGGGCAGCGAUAUUCCAGCUAGAAAGUUUUGUCACAGCCACUGCGGUCGUCCAGGGUCUGCGUUCAGCAUGGAAGACGACCGAGGCGCUCACCACUUUGGGCAAGAGUGGGACUGACGCAGAAAGGCAGUGCAAGCUCUCGCUUCUCAAGUGGGUUUUCAUCGGUACCCCCGUUCGCGUCGGCGCUGUUUCAGAGCUCCUAGGAAUUUCGCUGUCUCCAGCGGAUCAGCGACUGCUACACGAAUUCGUGACUACCUCUUCCAACGGGCUGGAUCAGCAAUGCGCUACAUUAGCUCUCGAUACCCUCCUGGUACGGUACAUUAAUGCAGGAGAUUACCUCUCUGCAGCUCGGCUAGCCGACACUGUCCCUGCUCCUCUGUACGACGAAGCCGGCGCAGGCGUCGAGGAAGCAAAGCGUGCUCGCACGCUUCGCGAAGGCCGGCGCAAGCUGGUCGAGGGUAGCAGGAACAUCUUGCCCGACGUACAGCGGACGCUUCUGGAGAUCCAAGAGGGUCUCUCUACCGAGCACAAGCGAGGGGCCUUAGCAAACACCGCGGGGGUCGGAGAAGACUCUGAUCAAGAAAUGGCAAUGUCGUGGGAAGCUGUCGGGCGCUCGGCAGCGCUUUCGCAGAAGAAUCCACUACGUCCUCUGUCCGCCACGAGUGCUUUGCGGCAGCUUCCCUCCGUGGCUGAUGCUCCUAGGGCUGCUUCGCAUGCCACCGAUCCUGUCGGGUCGCUGCUGCACGCCGUAGUCAGAAACAGUCCUAACAGAAGGAGCAAUAGUGCGGAAGAUGGUUUGCCCCCAGAAGGACGGCAAUUGGGCUCAGGGGUGAGCUUCCUAGACAAGCGCAGCGCAGACAGCAAGGCCGCCAGUCCGUUUGGAGGUUCCUCCUUGCGAGAGUCUCUACAGAAGCCCCGACACAGUAAAUCCUCGCCCGGCACCCCUAGCCGCACCUUUGAUGGUCAGCAGUCCCGUAACUUACUGAUUUCUCAGUCUCCUUUUGCGGGGCCACCGAGAGGUCAGCGCUCUGCUACCGGGACUGCGCCUUAUCGCCGGUCGUCAGGCACACCUGAUGCUAUUCAAACAGAUGCACCCCCUAGAGCCAGUCCUUUUGCUUCGUCUCAAGGGAGAGUCCCAUCGCACGGAGCUGCCAGAGUUCUCUCCUCGCUCAGGCGUCGAGCUCCUUCCCCUUCUCCGCCAGCAGAUGCAGAGAUGGAGGACGGCGAUGCGGACCCGGAGCCUGAGAGGCCCCAGCGACGCGGGGUGGCGCGUCCAAGAAAGCGAACACAGGCGGUAACACAGACCUCACACGCGGAUCCUACCUCUGAGGCAGAAGAAGUUCCCGGCGGCUUUCCAGAAUCCGAGGCUGUCUCAGCUACGAGUGUCGAACGUCGGCGCGCCGCUAGAGAGCCGGUGGAGCCGACCUCGAUCAGCAACGCAAACGCGAGACCUCAGCGCAGAACGCGCCAAAGGUCAGCUGAUCUCGAUACGCUCUCAAGACACCAAGCUGCGCCGGAUUCAGAGGUGGACGUAGGCAGAGGCUCUGCCCCUCUUACUCGCACACGAGGCGGAGCAACAAGGGCGACAUCCACCAAGGGCGAGUCAUCUUCGGCACCAAGCGCCGAGGAAAGAUCCGAACUCGCAGGUCAGGACACUCUAGCCGCGCUGCCGCAAACAAGAUCCGCUCGUAGAGCCAGAUCUACCCGUUCGAAAACGCCUUCGCGAGAGCCCGUCGAGCUGCGACGUUCUGUCAGGCUCAGUGUAGAGCCUGAGAAUGCUGGAAGUGGACUGGAGCCCGAAGAUCGUGAUGAAGAAACUUCCCAAGCGGGAACACGUCGGAAGAUCGCUGCUAACAGAGGGCCGAGUAGGAAGUUGCGCCCAGAUGACGCUCGAACGAACGAGACUGAUGAAGAGCUGGCACAUGAGUCAGGAGGAGUUCGUACUAGAAGUGGCAAGUCCACUAUGCCCGGUUCAUUCUGAAGUCCCACUCCUGCGGUAGUACUUAGCAUCGCUUUUGACGGUCGAAGCGUUUGCUGUCGAGCAGCUCAGGCGCUGUGCUGAUGAUUCUUGAUUGUUGAAUCUGAUGCAUCCAAAUGCUGCCACCUCAACGAUGAGUCUGCUUCACAGAGUCGUGAUCAUUCAGAAUUCAAGAUUGUGAUCUUUCCGCCCCAAACAUGUAGCGCACAUGCUGCCCCUAGCUUCAAACCUCGCGUCGUGCCUGACACGUGACCCGCAUGUAAAGAUACACCAGUAAAAAAAAUCGACGCC